GAUGUCGCCGAUUCCCUGUCUGCAAUCGAGCACACUUCCCUAUCUGAAACUACAAACAUACACACAGAAACCGCAACAAAAACUUGGCGAACGCGCUCGGCUCAGUCAGUUUGCCAUUGGAGCGGCGCUUAAUUUGGUAGCACAUCAUAUUGGCUAUUUGACGGCAAUGUUAAAAGUGGCAACACAUUAAAUGGCGUCCAACGUGGUUGGCGACGGCUUCGCGGCUUGGCUCGUUGCAAUAGCCUUAUGCGCAAUGGUCAGCGUGGUGCUGCUUAUUGUAAGGUCAGAGAGGUCGGAGCGGUCCGAGCGCAAGUGCGCGGACGCGGAUGACUCCUACACGAUUGCACAAGGUAACUGCCUACGCGGCGGAGUGUGCAACAGCGGCCUGACUCAUCCGCGCUUAUCCCUGGAACGUGCAUGCGGCGGUGCCGGUACUCUCUCUCCUCGCCGAGGCUCGCUCCAGCCACGCAACGGCCAGAGCUCCCGACCCGCCUCCUUCGACUGCCGACGUCGCACGUCUGGCGUCAGCAGCCCGUUGGGUGCUCCUGACAUGCCGCCCGGCGGCAGCUCCGACGCCUGGGGUUGCGCCCAGCAGGGCGCUGGCCAUCAUUCCGAUGUCGGCGUCCUGUCGACUCUGCAAUCGCAAGCACAGCCAGCGCCGCGCAGCAGCAGUAAGCCCUGCAGCGUUGAUCUCCCUCGCGCCUCAAAUCCCAACCCUGGCCGCCACCCGCAACACCACUCCUCCACCGCGCCCGUCGCCGCCCGCCACGCCGCCUGCGCCGCCUCAUCUGCCGCCUCCGCCGCUGCUCCUCGCACCGCCUCCGGCACCGCCCUGGACGGGACCAGCGGCGGGUGGGAUGUGGACACCAUCGACAACUCCCUUCUGCUGUCAAUUGAUCUGGGUCUGGCCAGCGGCCGUAUGAGUGCGGUGGAGGCAACGGAGCUGCUCGCCAGCUACGGCUGUGACGUGCAGGAGCUGCUGGCAGCAGAGAUGGCGGCGGCCGCGGCGGAGGAGGAGCAGGACGAGGCGGAGCAGCUGCGAAAGGGAAAAGGAGAGGAGGUGGAGAGGCAGGAGGAAGAGCGACCGAGCAAGGAGCAGGAGGAGCAGGAGGCGCUACGCAUGCUCCUGGCGGCGUGAUCCGGCGUGAUCCGGCGUGAUCCGGCGUGAUGUCGUCCGCGCCUGCUGGGGGCCUGGCAACGCCGCCGGCUGCGCACUGCCGGGGUGCGCGCCGCACGUUGUCGCCCCCACACGUCAUCCUAGACAGGCACGCACGCCGCGUUGUCAGGACCGCGCGCAGCAGCCGUCACCAGCAGCCACAGCAGCCUGCUUGCUAGCGCCCAAGCCUCGACGAUGUUGUGCUCUUGCCUUCUCCAUUACGCAAUCUUUGUAUGCCUGGCGAUUCCGGUGGCACUAAACUCGCGCAGCCCAUGCCGGUGCAUUUCGGGUGCUUUCGUACUACGGCACACGGACGACAAUAGUGUGAAUUUUACGGGAAAUGCUUCGAGUGCAUUGGGAUUUACAGACUGGGAAUGGCAGGAAAUGAUUUCGCUCAAGUACCAAGUUGGUAGCGGGCAUUGCGUAAUGGUGCGAGGCCGCUAGCCCCGACACCGACACCAAGUGUUUAAACGCAUAGGGUAAAGGCGGUCUUGUCACUGGAUGGUGGCCGCUCCGUGUGUGUAGGGCGCGGCGCAUAGGCGAGGGAGGGGCCUGAGGCCUCGGGUUAACCCCGUGGUUUAACCCCAUAUAGACCAGGAGAAGAUGAAAUGGCCGCGGAUAUGUACUUCAUUUAUGCAAAUUGACGCAAUUCGGUAUGCUUACUUAUGCUACGUUCUCUAUCCGGAGCGGCACUGUCUGGGGUGCAAUAAGGAAUGGAGGAACAUGUGGUUUUAGACUCCAAGGCCCGGUGUGCAUGCUGAAGCAUGGGAAGUAGUGGGCAUGAGGGAGUGCACGCCGUCUCGCUCGCGCAUUGCAGUUACAAGCACAAUCCCAUAAUAUCGUUGCGCACUUGCGCUCACUGCUCAUUCGGCUACCUGGCAUGGACGCAACGGCGCCUGAGUCGUGAUGCGUAGUGGUGGCGGGCCUUGGCGGGAGACGGAGUGAGGUGGACGUAAAAGUGGAGCGCCUGGUUGGCCGCUGCCGUGGCCACCAAGCCUCGGUCCUCACGGAACCUGUGGCCGUGUGUGGCGGCGGCUGGCGGCCCGCGCUCGCCCAGCAGCUGGGUUGAUUGCUGGUGUGGACAGGUGGUGGUAGUGCCUGUGUGUUACACUCCAACAGGAUCGUGUUCUUGGUGCGGGGUGCGGAGUGCAUGGCGGUGGCGGGAGAGGGGUGUAAGACAGCCGGAAGUUACGGUACUCGUCACGAACCCGCUCGAACUCCCCGCGGAAGCUGUGGCCGUGUGUGGCGGCGGCUGGCGGCCGGCGCUCGCCCAGUAGGGCUCUUACCGGCUGGUCCGAUGAGCAGCUGGGCAUGCAUUGCAUUGCCAGGCUGGGGCGGGGUGUGUCGCGACGUGUGAGGGGUCGCGGCGUGCCCCAGCCAGUCAAGGCAGCGUGUCCUUAACGGUUGGCGGUUGGCCCAGCGCCGGCUCCUGCGUUAUGUUGUAGCGCAUUGUGACGCGCUUUUCAAGUGUAAAAGCGAGGCCGC